CUCCGUUCCAAGUUGAAUUGAGGUGACGAGUUUCAAGGUCGUCGUUUAAUGUUUUAUCGUUGAGUUAAUGUUUUUUCGUUAUAUUUAACUUUCAGUUUUCACUAAUGAGAGAAACGACGUAGUGGGGGCUGCUCAGAGAAGGAAGAUGAACUUCAUGAAAUGUUUGCUUUUGAUUUGCAUCAUUUUCAAACAUCAUGUUAGUGCCAUUGUCACUGAUACAGAUGGCAACUCAUCCGAAAUUCCAACGUUACGUUUGGAUUCCCUUCAACUUACUCUGUCAUCGAAAUUGCUGCUUGAUCUCACAUCGUCCAGAGGACCCACGUUGAAGGGCUACUUGGGAUGGUUGCCACAGCGAAGUAACACCAGUUACCAACCAUGUGAGGAGACUGAUUCUUCCAAGAGAUCCAUCUGUGUGGAGUAUGACAGAGGGAUGUCCGUAUCCAUAGUGAAAGAUAACACCGAUCAGUGUGAAGAGGAAACAGAAACCUGUCAUGCUGUGUCUUGCUACAAAAUCCUUUGGAGGAACCACUUGGAAGGCGCCAUGGAUUGCUUCGUGAUUGGUGAUGAUUCUUGGUUCGGUGGUGGUGAGGAACUGUCACAACGAUGGCCGAUGCAAACGUCUUCCAGGUCAUGGUACCCUGCUGUGACUGGUGAUCCUGCUCAGCACCCGACUGGAAAUGUCAUGGAGAGUCUGUGGGUAUCGUCUGCAGGAUUUGCUCUAAGGGUCGACCACCAUGUUCCGCUGUUCGUAAGCUUCAACGAGAGCGGGAGUGGAAAGCUUUGUUUCACAACUUCGACGAGGAAACAUCCUUAUAGAGGAUAUUCCAACACCCCGGUCUUAGAUUACACGAUCUGCAGCGCGAUGAAUGUGAAAGAUGUGUAUUCGCACAGCAUCCACAGAUGGUUUAAAAAGCCAACAGGCAUCCCAGAGGAGGGGUUGUUCCAAUAUCCAAUCUGGUCCACGUGGGCUCGAUAUAAGAAAGACAUCAAUGACACUGCUGUUCUGGAGUUUGCUGAGGAAAUUAAAGACUCUGGAUUCCCAUUCAGCCAGAUUGAAAUAGACGACGAAUGGGAAACCUGUUAUGGAGAUUUGGAUUUCGAUAUGAAAAAGUUUCCUGACCCUGAAGGACUUGUGCGAGAAUUAAACAGAUUGCAAUUCCCAGUUACUUUAUGGGUUCAUCCGUUUUGCAACAUGGAAUGCGAGACUUUCAGAAUUGGUGAGGAUAAAGGAUUUUGGAUUAAAGACAAGCGGGGAAGAACACUUCCGGUAAACUGGUGGAAUGGUGAAGGUGCACUUUUAGACACCACGAACAGCGAAGCCGUAGAAUGGUUCAUUCAACGUCUGAUGCAUUUAAAGGAAGUUUACGGAAUCGAAUCCUUCAAGUUUGAUGCUGGAGAAGUUUUGUGGCUUACUGAGAGCUACAGUUUACACAAUAAAUCAGUAAAUAACCAGCCGAAUACUUUUACUCGAUCGUACGCGAACAUUGCUGCCAGAUUUGGAGGUAGGGUUGAAGUCAGAGUCGGACAUGCUUCUCAAGAACUACCCAUUUUCGUGCGAAUGUUCGACAAGUUUUCCCGCUGGGAUCAUGAAAACGGAUUGCUGACUCUUAUUCCUACGGCCCUACAGCUAUCUCUCUUGGGAUAUUAUUUUAUUCUACCAGAUAUGGUCGGAGGCAAUAACUAUGAAUCCGUCCAAGGGUCAUUACCAGAUCCAGAGUUGUACAUUCGCUGGCUUGAAGCGAAUGUGUUCUUGCCAGGCAUUCAGUUUUCAAUCCCUCCUUGGGACUAUGAUGAACAAAUUGUAAAAAUAGCCCUGAAAAUGGUAAAUCUACGUCAAACGUACUCUCAUUACAUAUUGGACAUUGCAAGAGAAUCUGUUAGAACUGGUGAACCAAUCAUACGCCCGCUGUGGUGGCUUGCCCCCACCGACAACGACGCCCUUAACAUAGACACGCAGUUCUUAGUAGGUGAUGGAAUUUUAGUGGCUCCUGUUUUGCAGAAAGGACAGCAGAAAAGAGACAUCUAUCUACCAGAAGGUAAAUGGUUAGAUAUUCAACGGAAUAAAGUGUAUGAAGGUUCAUUUUGGUUGUAUGAUUAUGCAGCACCUUUGAAUUACCUUCCAUUUUUUAUAAGGCAAGCAUAACUGGUGUAGAUUUUAUAUUUAAAAAAAAUAAAUGUAAAAAUAAACUGCGGCGUCUAAACUUAUAUGAGAUUCCUUAUGAUAUAGUCUAAGACAAUGUCUUUUUACUUACGGUCAGGCAAAAAUUUGCGAAAAAAUGCCAUGACCGAGGGAUUUUUGAGCAAUCACGAUUGCUUAUUGCUUUCAUUUGACUGUUUUUGGCGUGCUAUCAUUUUAUUUUCCCACCGCCACCCUCCGCACGAUCACCGUCGACCGGCUCCUCACGAUGCUGUUCCUAUAGCGAAAGCCGUUUCCAGGUUGCGCCAAUAUCCUACACACACGCAUACAUAAAAACUACACACACACACACCUACACACACACAAAAACAUACACACAACUAACCACACAUUCAUGCCUGCACACAGACACAAACACAUAUGUCUACACACACAUACACAUACCAACCCGCCGCCACACACACAUUCAUACACACAACUACCCACACACUUAUGCCAGCACACAGACACAAACACACAUGCCUACACACAUACACGUACCCCCUACACACAAACACACAUACCUCCACACACAAACACAUAUACCCCCCACACAAACACACGCGCCU